AGAGCGAGAUAGAGAGAGAGAGAGAGAGAGAGAGAGGCGCGCGCGAAUCCACUGAGCAGUGAAGUGUUGUUGGUGAGGAUUCUCCAAAUGGAUGGAACGAAACCAGCUAUGGAGGCGACGAGCGAGGAGAAUCAGGAUGAAAGGGAGGAGAGCAAAGGUUGCUUGGACUGCUGCAUUAAAUGUCUGGGUGGUGUGCCGUACGCCUCACUGGUGGCCACCAUCCUGUGCUUCGCAGGCGUGGCUCUGUUCUGCGGCUGCGGACACGUGGCACUGACGAGCACCAUGACAAUGCUGGAGAACCACUUCUCCCACAUCACAGCCGAGCAUGCCACCCUCGGUGACGUUGUUCAGAUUCUGCAGUACAUCAUCUAUGGCAUUGCCUCUUUCUUCUUCCUUUACGGCAUCAUCCUGCUGGCUGAGGGCUUUUACACAACCAGCGCGGUCAAAGAGAUGCACAGCGAGUUCAAGACCACUGUGUGUGGCCGCUGCAUCAGUGCCAUGUUUGUGUUCCUGACCUACAUCUUGGGCUUGGCUUGGCUGGGCAUCUUUGGUUUCUCUGCUGUGCCAGUCUUCGUCUUUUACAACAUGUGGACCACAUGCGCCGCCAUGAAGUCUCCCAUCGCCAACCUCACCUCUAUUGACAACAUCUGUGUGGAUGUGAGGCAGUACGGAGUCAUUCCCUGGAACGCAGAUCCUGGGAAAGCUUGUGGGCAAACCUUGGCUGACAUUUGCAACACCAGUGAGUUUUAUUUGUCCUACCAUCUCUACAUUGUUGCAUGUGCCGGAGCUGGAGCCACUGUGAUUGCACUGGUGCACUACCUGAUGAUUUUGUCAGCGAACUGGGCGUAUCUGAAGGGCGCGUGCCAGCAAACUCAUGCCUACCAAGACAUCAAGACCAAGGACGACGGCGAGCUGCAGGAUGUGCAGUCACGCUCCAAGGAGGGCCUCAACUCAUACUCGUAAAUGGGGCAGACAACAACUUAAUUCCACAACUAAACACACACACACACAGACACACACACACACACACACACACAUUCAAAACAGAGCUAACUAACAUGGCCUAGUAGUGUGCUACAGCAACAGUGUGUUAUAGAGCAGUUACAACCAUGAUACGGCAUCAGUUAUCGAUUUUACAUGACGGUCAUAAGACGUGUUUUACUCCAUGUUGGUAAGAUGCUCUGGAAAUGCAUGCAUGAUAUUCAGAAUUGUCAUUAUUUGUGUGCUUUUUGUUAAUGACUAAUGGCUAAAACAGAAAGUUAAAAUUCCAGGUUACGACUGUUGACACUGUUGACGUAACACACACAACCUCACAGCACUUACUGUCUGCACUAACAUGCUACAGACAUUUUGCAGGAACUGAGUGAACGUGUAUGAAUGUUGUUGUUUUUUAAUACUUAAUAACGUAUGCCUGGUUUAAUAUGAAACUUCUCUGAUCUCGUUCUCUCUCACUCUUGGUUGAUGGUUUCCUAAACAGCUUUUUUUUUUUUUACUACUACUAACAUAUUUUUUGUGUUCUUUUUUCUUUUUUAUACUGGUACUUGAUACCAUGGAUAUAAAAAUGGUAGAUGCCACAUUAACUAUUGCUGUUGGACAUAGGAGAAAGCUUGUUGAAAGGUCCAGAUGUACUCACAUGCAGUGUAAAAUAAAUUAAGUGAAACUGCCAGCAAAUCAGUGGUACAUGUUGUUGUAGGUUGGACAGACAUUAUCAUAAGCCAAAAAUAAGGCUAGUUAUAUGAUCUAAUAAUAAUUAUAAUUCAAGAUUUCAAGUCAUUUAUUUGUUAAUUGACAACAGAAAUAUCAGCGAUAAGAUAUUUUAAAUUAAAGUAAAUUAGUAAUACAUUAAAGCACAUUUCAUGUACAAUAAUGAAAAAAAUAAAACACCUACGAAAGAAUAUCUGAAGACUGUUCAAAGUGUUAGUCUCAUUUCAACCUUGAUCUGGACUAUAAAUAUAUCUUUUUUCAGUCCGUACAGGAUUUCGCUGUUUGUUUUGUGAUUGUUGCGACCAAAAUGCUUGCUUUCGCUGCUGCUUUUUUCAAAAUUUGCGAUGCAAUUUUGAAAGUUUUUUCGGAAACCUACUUGAAUCGGCGAAAUUGCAAUUGCACAAAAUUGUCUUUCACAGUGAUGUUUGUUGGUAAAUGAGACCUUUUAGCUGUACUCACGUUCAACGCACGUGAUUUGAAGAGGGCUUCGGCUGAAUGGGCGUCGUGAUGACGUCACAUGACGCGUCUUGGCCCGAAUCUGUGAAAAAUCUGUGGUAAUUUUGAAAAAUUGCAAGCUCCUCCGAAUAUUGCAGAGUUUGGUUGAUUUUGCGUUCAUUUCUGCAAAAUCCUGGAAUGACUGGGGUUUUUUUUGGUCCACAUCAACUUUAAUGUCUUGUAUAUGAUAGAAAAAGCUGCAUUUUCUUAGAUAGAACAAGAUCAGGGUAAAAUAAUUACUUGCGCAAAUGACGACAAUUUUUAUUUUGUUUUUAAGAUUUUUUUCCAUAAGACCACUGUUUUACACAGCUUCUUUCUCUGAAUUGUACAACAAACAAACAAAAUAACAGUCAUGUGAUGCCCAAAACCAUGGACUAAACCUGAAAAGAUUGAAAGUGAUAGCACUGCUUUUAAGUCUAGCUCAGCUUUUAGCAUGAGGCAUUUAGCGUAUUUAUAUCUGUGCUUUAUAUGUUGCACUAUUCUGAAAUCCUUGUAUAUUUAUUCACUCUUUAAGAAUUUCUCUAUCAAGGGAAACAUGUGAUUCCUGGAAAAAUGAAAUUAUUACUAAAUGUAACCCAAGUAUCAAUUAUCAAUAACAAAAGAAAGCAGCAACCAAGAUUACAUUUACAUGCACAUCAAAUCCCGUUUAAGGUUUAUAUUCGGGUUGCAGCCAUAUUUUGAAUACGAUGUUUAUAUGCGUACAGGCAGGGGAAUAUUCCUGUAUAUGUGGUUGUUGUAAGUAUACCGAUCUACACAUGCGCCUUUCCUUUCCCGCCGGGAGAUUCCGCCUUUGCUACCCACAAUCCUUUGCGGACUGAGCAUGCGCAUAUAUCUCCUUUCAGUGGAUUUUCUGAAUAAGGUGUUUACAUGCAACAAAUUUCCGAUUAAAACGGGCAUAUUCCAGGAGUGGGAAUCAGAAUAUCACCUUAAUCUGAUUCGGGAAAUCGGAUUGCGGCGUUUACAUAACUCGAUACUAAUUAGAAUAUCGCCAAGUACCAAUUAAUAUCAAAAUAUUGAUGUGCAUAUAAACGUAGUCGGUGAUGCUGAAAACAAUUCUAAAGUACAGACAAUUAGAAUUAAAUAUUGGAAUCAAUGAAUUAUGAAUAUUAAUAAUAACCUAAGAUUAAUAAAGAGGGGAAGUGUAUGAAUUGAAAUAUGAAUCUUUAAAAAAUAAAAGAUAAGUAAUAUAAAAAAAAUCAGCAGUAAGAGGAAAAUAUUAUUCAAUAAAAUCAACUAAAAAUAAAUAAAAAAUAAGAUCAACAAUAGAUUGAAAAAUGCUAACAUAAUCAAACAGAUCAUAUAAAACACUGCAUGUGAAAAUUUAAAAAAAAAAAAAAAAAAAAACUCCAGGUGGUUGUUUUUUCUUCACAUUCUCCACAACUGUAAAUGUUCAUCCAGGAGAGAAGAUCACAUUCCCCUGCAACAAGCAGCACAGAAAUUAUUAAAUAUAAAAAAAAAAAUUAAAAAUCAUGUGACAUUUCUGGUAGAGAAUGAGACCAACAUGUGUAAAAUGUCUCAUAGUGAUAGUGAAAAUAAUUUUUAAAAAAAUUGAAAAAAGUAUUUCACUUGCUGGACCUCCCGCCGUUUCCCAUGAGAAUAUUUCACUUUUAUAAAUAUGCUUUUGGUGUUAUUUUGCUCUCUUCGUGUGGAAAUUUUCAUGGCUUGAUAUUUACCAAGUUUUGUGAUUCGAUCAGUGAUUCCUUUUAUUAUGUGCAUAUAAACGUCAUCCCUAAAAACUGCCAUGUACAAGUACAGAAUUUUCCAUGAUUUUAUGGUAUUUUAUAAUUGAGCUUUGCUUUCACAGCGUUUAUAUACAUAUAUAUAUAUAGUAGUGUAAAUCUUUUUAUCGCCGGUUUCAAUUUUCUCUCUUACAACACAACUCUUCUUUCAGACAUCUUUUAUGAAAGCAUGUUAGUGUUGUCCUCUCAUACAGUGCUGAAUAUGAAACUUUCUUGCUGUAUGUUCUGUUUCGUUUAAAGGGGACAUGACUGCAGGGAUGUGCCCACAAGUACAUUUUUUUUCUUUUUUUGUAUAAAAAGAUGUGUGCCUGGAUGUUUUAUCGUUCCCUCGUUAUUGCAUGACGGAAAGACGAUAGUCCUCUUUUUUGCUUUCACUCUGUAGGUGAUGUGUAGUCCACUGUUCUGAUGAAUUAUGAUAGGCGGUGUUUCCCUUCUUCUUCCCUGUCGUCCCCUGAAAAUAAUUAGCCAUUGUACGUUGAUGGGAUUGUAGUCUUAGAUGUUUCAUAGUCCCAUUUGAUUUGAAAAGUUUUAUGAAUCCUGUAAAGUGAUUUUUGUAACCUUCUCUAGUAAAAACGAUAUUUUCUAUGAUCAA